AUGGACUUGCUUGCCAACAACUUUGGCAACUCCAAACUGACCACUGAUGACCUGCUUGGCUUGGGCGAUACUCCUGCUCCAGCAUCUUCAGCCGACUCGAACCUGCUUUCACCGAACUUUGACGACAAUUUGUUUGAAAGUCCAACUGAGCCAAUGGCACCAACGCCGGUGCAGGCGGCAUCAAAGUCGAACAACUUGCUACGCAAUACCUCAACUCCAAACCUCAACUCCAACUUUGAUCCAUUUGGUGAUUUAGGUUCCUUUUUAAACUUGCCCAAUGCCGAGGCUAAGCAAGGGAGCACUACCUCUAUUCCUCGCGUCUCCUCCUAUAGUACCUUUUCGAGUGAUAACAAAAGCGGAAGCAAAACUUCUACUGCUAAUAUCAACAGGAGUCAACCAGGUCAGUCAAACAAGCCAAACUACAGUAGAUCCAACUUUGGUGACGCCCCUUCAGCGACGGGCGUAAAGGCCCCCAGAGUGGUCGGCAAUGAGUUUGAGGACUUGCUGAGUGGAUUCAAGAAGACACCUACUGACGCUAAUCAAAACAAAAGCAUUGCACAGAUGCGCAAAGAUGAACUGCUCAGCUCUGGCUCACUAGACCCGACGCAGCUGAAGAUCAUGGAGUGGACGGAGAACAAGGAGCGCAACAUUCGAGCACUGCUCUGUUCAAUGAACACCAUCGUCUGGGAGGGCUGCAAUUGGACGGCCAUUGGAAUGCAUCAACUGCUGACGCCGAAUGAUGUCAAGAAGAUGUACCGCAAAGCCUGUUUGGCAGUGCAUCCUGACAAGCUUGUCGGCAGUCCACACGAGGAGUUGGCUNGUUUGGCAGUGCAUCCUGACAAGCUUGUCGGCAGUCCACACGAGGAGUUGGCUAAAUACAUUUUUAUGGAGCUGAAUGACGCCUGGUCAGAGUUUGAGAAGACUUCCUAG